AUGGACCCAAAUGCUAGCGGACUAGCCCAGAGGUUGGCUGAAGCCGAGCAGUGUCACCUCCUGCGAUUCUGGAAUGAGCUGAGCCCUGCGGAGCAGGCCGACUUGACCCAAGACCUGCAGGGGAUGGACUUUCAGGAGAUGAACGGAUUCUUCAAGAACGCAAUGCAGGUAUCCAGCAACAAACACGAGAAGCUGGACAACCACAUAGAGCCGUUGCCCCGGGAGGUGCUGGGGAGUGUGACGAGGGACAGGGAGAGUCUUAAAGACUGGGAGCUAACAGGUCUGCGCUGCAUCUCUCAGAGUAAAGUAGCUGUCCUGCUGCUGGCUGGGGGCCAGGGAACCAGACUGGGGGUCUCUUACCCCAAAGGCAUGUAUGACGUGGGCCUGCCGUCCCACAAAACCCUCUUUCAGAUCCAGGGUGAACGCAUACUGAAGCUGCAACAGCUGGCUGAGCAGCGGCACAAAAUCAAGUGCUGUAUUCCCUGGUACAUCAUGACCAGCGGCAGGACAAUGGAGUCCACCAAGGACUUCUUCUCAAAAAAUAACUAUUUUGGCUUGGACAAGAACAACAUCAUCUUCUUUCAGCAGGGCAUGCUGCCAGCCAUGGACUACACUGGCAAGAUCAUCCUGGAGAACAAGGGGAAGGUCUCCAUGGCGCCUGAUGGUAACGGGGGUCUUUACAGAGCACUGGGGAACCAGGGCAUCAUGGAUGACAUGGAGAGGAGAGGGGUUGGCUUCAUCCAGGUGUAUUGCGUAGAUAACAUCCUGGUCAAAGUGGCAGACCCUGCCUUUGUUGGUUUCUGUGUGCAGAAGGGAGCGGACUGUGGAGCUAAGGUGGUGGAGAAAACCAAUCCGACAGAGGCGGUGGGUGUGGUCUGCAAGGUGGAUGGGCGUUAUCAGGUGGUGGAGUACAGCGAGAUCACCCUCGCAACUGCUGAGAAGCGCAGCGCUGAUGGCCGACUGAUGUUCAAUGCAGCUAACUUGGCCAUUCACUUCUUUACCUUCUCCUUCCUCAGAGAUGUAGUACAGAAGUACGAGCCACAGCUGCAGCAUCACGUGGCCCAGAAGAAGAUCCCAUAUGUGGAUUCAGAGGGUCAGCUAAUCAAACCUGACAAACCAAAUGGGAUUAAAAUGGAAAAGUUCGUCUUUGACAUCUUCCAGUUCGCCAAGACAUUUGUUGUGUACGAGGUGCUGCGAGAGGACGAGUUCUCCCCGCUGAAGAAUGCAGACAGUCAGGACGGAAAGGACACGCCCACCACAGCCAGACACGCCCUCAUGUCCCUCCACCACCGCUGGGUGCUCAACGCUGGGGGCCACUUCAUCGACGAGAAUGGUAGACGUGUGCCUGCCAUACCCAGAGACGGAGCAGCAGGCAGUGUCACAGAUGAUGGCAACAGAAACCUGAAGGAUGGAACAGACCUGCCAAUCAAAUGUGAGAUCUCCCCACUGGUGUCCUACGGGGGAGAGGGUCUUGAAGAGUUGGUGAAAGGACGUGAGUUUCAUCCAACCCUGAUCAUCGACGAGCAUGGGGUCCACGAGCAGGUGAAGAACGGAGUUUAGACAAUGAAGGCGAGAGAUGGAGACAGAGGGACAACCCAAAGACAAACCUACCUUUUGUCUCUCAACGUUAGCGGGGAGAAACUGUGAUGUCAUUGUGUGCAAUAACAGAUGUUGUGUGCAUGUGUUCAUGAAAGAGCCUGUCUAUCAAAAACUAAAUGAACUGGAGAAAAUGUUUAGUUUAGCAGCAAAUUUUACUUUGCUUUGUAUGUUGAUGUCAUACCUGGUUCAUAUUUGAAGAAGAGAACUUGAACACAGCAUGAGAUGAAGGAUAAAACCCCUGUCACACUGACUGAAUGAAGCAGUCUUCUGGUGCAUCUAUUUAUUUUCAAACUUAUUUUUAUAUUUACUGAUAGAUGCUCUAUGGGUGGGAAUUGCUAUCUACUCAUUUUACCUGGUGAUUUUUAUACAACAUUUAACAGAUGAAAUUAUCAGAAAGAUGUUUCUUACUAGCAUGUAAUCAAGGUAUAUGGGCUGUGGGGGGUAUUUAUAAUAUCUGCUGCUUUUCUGCUUGUAGUCAUUGAAGAUUAGAUAUCACUCAGCUUUAAGAGAUGCUAUGAUUUCUAUAAUCUUUAUUAAAGAAAUGUCCUACUUGGAAAACCUA